AUGGUCGACGCUGUUCAGAACGAGAGCGGACCUGCCUUGACGGCUUCUAGGCCGGUUCGCAAGAAAUUUGCCCAACCGCCCGUCAAACUCGCGUGCUUGCCUUGUCGCGCCUCCCGAACGCGUUGCGGCGGCCAGGAACCAUGUUCAAAUUGUGUUACCAAGGGACGCAAAUGCUCCUACUUGCCGAGCAAACGGGGUGGCCCUCGCAAGAAGAGACAAAAGCCCUCAUCUUCACCAGAAAUGGAAGCAGCCCAAGAAGAGGCCCAGUUUAUUGCAGAUUCAUCGACAGAGUUCAGUGAAUGUGAGAAUGCGCUCAAUUUUCAAGUGAUGAUGAUGGUAACGAUGAUGAAAAGUCAAGUCGCUGACACUGCACCAGCACCGGCGAUCUUCAAUCAAAUCGAUGUUCUGUCCCUACCGGGUGCAGGCCUACGGCACCUGGACUUUCCUAAUGUGGGCUCACUGUUUCAGGGCUUUUACACAGGGGACGACUCAUCGUCUCAACUUCAAAUGGAGACUGUGCCACCUUCCAUGAGUACAAGGUCCUGCUUCGUGAGAACGUAUGGGAGUGAGUCUGAAAUUUUGAAUGCGUACUACGAUUUCAUUCACCUCUACUUUCCUGUUCUUCCGCCGCGACCAUCACGACAGCUCGAGGAUCGGCCUCUGCAUUGUCUGGUCUCUCCAGAGUCGACUCCCGAGCCUGUCAUGAUGUACAAGCCUCGGUCGCCGUUGAGCCUGGCGAUAUCAGCAAUCCUCGCUCUUGUCCCUCAUCCUGACGACCCGGAGCCAACGUCAUCCACUUCCGUUCUUCAACGCAGGUUAUACGCGCAUUCGUUCGCGCAACUAGCCAACUCAAUGAUUGAGGCGGAAUGCGAUCUUGAGUUAUCUUCCACAUACCCUGGCCAGGCCCUGUCGAGUACACGGCCAAUGGUCAAUCGCGAGAGACUGCAUCCUACCACGCCCGAAGAUAUUGAGACGCUGCUGGCACUCUUGAUUCUCUCUGUGUACGAAUACACGCAAAGAGGGAACCUCCUGAAGAUGAGGUAUCGCGCUGGUCAAGCAUUGGCACUUGCCCUCGAGAAGUCCCUACAUUCGUGCAAUGAAAAUGACGAGUGUUCCGAGGCUCGGCGAAGAGCUUGGUGGAUGACGUACUAUUGUGUCCUCCAGGGCUCUAUAGUGAGCACAACUCCACCCACAAUAGUUAUCAAUGAUCCUCAGUUUACAACGCCAUACCCAAAUUUUGAAUCCGACGCGGAGGGCUGGUCUAUUUUGAUCCAAUCACAGCAGGUGUUGGUGUCCGCAACCCAAUACAUAGCGGAUCUUAACAAAAGCCUCGCUUCGUCAUCAGAUUUGCACUUUUUGUUUGAGCGCAUGCAGCAGCUUGACUCUUGGACCACUUCAGUAAUAGCGCAGACGGAUGUGCCUCCAACACCAUCUACAGAGCCUGACUUCGGCGAUCGACGUGAAACGGUUACCGCUCGAAGUAUUCGCGCAAUAUCGCGUAUCAAGCUAUCAAGUGCACAAAUCAAAACCCAUCGUUUUAGGGCCUUUUCUGAUAUCCCCAUAUUUAUCAAGAGACACUGUGAUCUCACGGCGGCAAAUUCUGGCGACAUGGCAACGGAAAUACAAGCCAAACCAGCAAUUCGAGCUCUGGGGAGCCAGAGCGUUUCUUGCUCAUGCAGUAACCUUGACCAAUUCCAACGCGCUCCAUCGAGUGAAUAUUUGACUCCAUCGGAUUCCUCAACUUCAUCCGAUACUCAUCCUUAUAUGCCCCCGUGGCCUCAAUACCCUUUCACCUCCGGCUUCCCAUACACCCCACAACAGUCUGCAAAAAUUUGUCUUCGGUCCGCACUUUCAAUUUCACGCCUAUUCGAGGCCUUACCCUACCCUCAACCUUUGUCCGGGAAUGGCGCAGUGCAGAGACUCACUACCGGUGAAAUUGUACCUCGGACGAUGCCAUCAUUUGCGUGCUGCCUCAUGCAAAGUAGCUAUGCGAUGCUCAUGAUAUUUUACAAAGCGCGUGUUGCAAAGCAGCUAUCAUCUGACACGGAAAACGAGCUCGUCAGUAAUGCCACGGACCCGAUAGUGGAAGAAUUGAGGCUAGGCCUACAACGAAUCAUCACGGCAAUUUCCAAUUACUCGCUUGCAUUCGAGGCAUUGGAUGGGAUGCGAGACGAAGUCCACGGUGCAUAUCAAACGGCGUUUCCUUCGGCAACUAUUUAG